UUUCAGGGAUCACCUAAAAGCAGGCCAUGACAUCUCUCAGUCUUCUCUCUGCGUUCGUAUACUUUCAAGCAGCGUCACUGUAAGUGACUGUGGACGUUGUAUGCGCAUUAAAAAUCUAUAUUAAAAUGGAGGAGCUGCCACCAGGCGAGCUUCCAGACCAGCGGAACAAAAGUUGGAAAAAGAAAGAUCGAAGAAGAAGAAGAGAACAUGCAUCGGCACAUGCAGCCAGUGGAAAUCACAACAAUAAUAAGGAAGACAAAGAGAAAGAGAUGUCUACUGCAUGCAAUAUCUCUAUUAAGGAGAUCCAGAUGGCGAUGGAGGUAUUCAAUAUGCAACAAAAACCUGCCAAAACUCAGGAGGAAGCGAUGCAAAAGCCCUAUCAAUUUUGGAGCACGCAACCAGUACCAAAAAUGGAUGAAAAAAUUGUUUGCAACGAGCCAAUUGAGCCUGAUAAAACAUCUAUCAGAGCGGAGCCUUAUUCAUUACCUGCUGACUUUCAAUGGGAUACCUUGAAUCUGGAUGAUCCUCUGGUUUUAUCAGAAUUAUACACCCUACUUUCGGAGAAUUACGUCGAAGAUGAUGAUGCGAUGUUUAGAUUUGAUUAUCCUCCCAAUUUUUUGAAAUGGGCAUUGCAACCUCCUGGUUGGUACAAGGAAUGGCAUUGUGGUGUGCGAGUGAGUAAGAGCGGACGUCUAGUCGGUUUCAUCUCUGCUAUUCCAGCUACUCUACGCGUCUAUAAUCAUAUUCAGAAAAUGGUGGAGAUCAAUUUUCUGUGCGUACAUAAAAAGCUAAGAUCGAAGAGAGUUGCGCCUGUGUUAAUACGUGAAAUCACAAGGAGAGUGAAUUUGCAGGGCAUCUUUCAGGCUGUAUAUACUGCCGGUGUCGUUUUACCAAAACCUAUUGCGACUUGCAGGUAUUGGCAUCGAUCCCUGAAUCCAAAGAAAUUAAUUGAUAUCAAAUUCUCUCAUCUUACUCGCAAUAUGACGAUGCAAAGAACUCUAAAGCUAUAUAAACUGCCAGAGAAUACAAAGGUACCAGGUUUCAGAAAGUUGGUUUAUACAGAUAUACCACAAGCGCGUAAGAUAUUACUGGAAUAUUUAGAGAAGUUCGAUCUUGCUCCAAUAUUCUCGGCUGAAGAAUUCGAACAUUGGUUCCUACCACGAACCGGCAUUAUUAAUAGUUUUGUAGUGGAGAAGGAAGGAAAGAUCACCGAUAUGGUAAGUUAUUAUACUUUGCCGAGCUCGAUCAUGCAUCAUCAGACACACAAGACUCUCAAAGCUGCAUACAGUUUCUACAACGUAUCUACUGUGACGCCAUGGCUUGAACUGAUGAUGGACGCAUUAAUAUCUGCACGCGAUUUGGGUUUCGAUGUAUUUAAUGCGUUGGAUCUCAUGGAUAACAAAGAAUUCUUAGAACCCCUUAAGUUCGGAAUUGGCGAUGGCAAUCUUCAAUAUUAUCUAUAUAACUGGCGUUGCCCUAGUAUGACGCCUGGCAAGAUCGGUCUCGUGCUCCAAUAAGCUUCUAGUUCAACUAGUCGCUAUCUAGAGAGAGGGAGAGAAAAAAAGGGAGGAAGAGAAAGAAUCUUUUGCAACUUUGCAAGAGAGAUAGCGAUUCAAUAUGAGCAGACAGUGGACACAUAGAGCAAUAUAAUAGAGAAAAGCAGUAAUGACAGUGUUUGACGAGGAUAAAUGCGACUUUUCUUACCGGCAAGAAUAUAUAAAUGUAUACAGUGAUUGAAAAGAAUACGAAUUUUCUUAGAAUCGACGAUCAAAUGAAUAACUCGAUUACUCGAAAAUCACUUUUGUCUUCGUCGUUGGCGCAUUUGAAGAUUCUAGGUUGGAUUAUACGCAAGCGGGACUACUAUAAAAAUUGUGCAUUGUACAGCGCACGUGUAUAUACGUACCUGCGUGACUUGAGCAAUGUAGAUAAGUAUGCGAUUAAUAACAAUUAUACAUGGGAGGCCAUCCCAUAAUCACCAGUGAAAAUUUUCAAUAAUGUAAGCCUCUUAGACGCCAAAUAACUCUUUAUCCAUUUUUCCUUUACAUCUUCUCGGCUAAUUAGAUGAUACAAGAUAUGCCGGAAUAUGAGCGACAGACAAAUUAUAAAUAAAACGUAAUUUAUCGAGA